AUGUCCGACAUCGUCACCAACGAUGCCCCCGCGGCACACGAUGAUACCAAAACUUCUGCAACUGCAGUCUCUGCAGAGGCGGAUACUGAUAAUGCCUUCAAAGACACUAAGAAGUCUGAUGCGGAGCAAAAUCACUCCACGAACCCCAAUCCUGGGGAACUGAAGCGGAAGCUGAAAAGUAGACAUCUACAGAUGAUUGCAAUCGGUGGAACUAUCGGCACAGGACUCUUUAUCUCCAGUGGUACUGCUAUCGCAACAUCCGGUCCAGCGGGCGCGUUGAUCGCCUAUAUCUUUGUCGGCUCCAUCGUCUAUUCUGUUAUGAGCUCAUUGGGCGAAGUUGCAACCUAUAUCCCAAUCUCCGGUGCCUUCACAUCCUAUGCAGCCCGCCUAAUCGACCCAAGCCUGGGAUUUUCCAUGGGUUGGAUCUAUUGGUUCAAUUGGGCCUCCACGUUUGCCGUCGAACUAACCGCUACCGGUACAAUCAUCCAAUAUUGGGAUCCUAGUCUGAACAUUGCCAUUUUCAUCGGAGUCUUCUGGGUAUUCAUCACGGCCAUGAACUUCCUCCCCGUCAACUUCUACGGUGAGGUGGAGUUCUGGUUCUCAACUAUCAAAGUGGCGACUGUCAUCGGCUUCAUCAUUUUUGCGAUCUGCAUCGAUGUCGGAGUUGGAGAGCAGGGAUAUAUAGGCUUCCGCUACUGGGACAAGCCGGGAGCCUUUGCCUCGUAUAGCCCCGACUUACCGGAAGCGAUUGGCAAGUUUGUUGGCUUCUGGGCAGUUCUUAUCCAAGCUGGGUUCUCCUACCAAGGUACAGAGCUUGUUGGUGUCGCCGCUGGAGAGACCGAAAAUCCCCAAAAGACAGUCCCCUCGGCUAUCCGCAAGACGUUUGUUCGAAUUCUCUUCUUCUUCGUUUUGACCAUCUUCUUCAUUGGACUUGUGGUCCCCUACACCAACAACCGUCUCACCACUGCGACAACCAACGCAUCAUCCUCGCCCAUGGUUAUCGCGGCCGAUUUGGCAGGAGUGAAGGUUCUUCCAAGCUUGAUCAAUGCUGUGCUCUUGUCUGUGGUCUUGUCAGCAGCAAACUCCAAUGUGUACAGUGGCAGUCGAGUCCUCACUGGAUUGGCACAUGAAGGAUUUGCUCCCGCCUGUUUCGGUUGGGUCACCAAGCACGGUGUUCCAUAUAUCAGUGUGACAUUCACCGCUCUGUUUGGUUUGUUGGGUUUCAUGAACGUUUCGAAUGACGCUGGGCAAGUCUUCACUUGGCUUGUCAAUCUCUCUAGUGUGGCUGGAUUCAUCACUUGGGCCUCAAUCAACGCGUGUCAUAUUGCAUUUAUGCGCGUAUUGGCAAACCGUGGGAUCUCUCGCGAUACCCUGCCAUAUAAGGCAAUUUUGCAACCAUAUCUCGCUUGGUAUGGUCUCUUCUUCAACAUCCUCAUCGCCCUCACCCAGGGCUUCACUUCUUUCAUCCCGCAUUUCCAAGUCACCGACUUCUUCAUCGCCUACAUCUGUCCCAUCGUUUUCGUUGUGCUCUAUGUCGGCCACAAGAUCAUUUUCCGUCCGUCAUUUAUCAGUGUAGCCGAAGCUGAUAUUGACACCGGUCGCUUGAACUACCAAAAGGAAGUUGAGCCCCCCAAGGCAUGGUACUGGAGGGUCUGGGGAUGGGUAGCCAAGUAA